CUGCAAGAAUUCGGCAAAGGUGUGCCAUUGCACUCCCUUCCACCAUCUCAGCAGCUUUUCUUAUGCGGCUUCAAAGCGGAUCGCACAGACAUCUUCUUCCGGCAACCCGACCUGGCCGGCGGCUUUUCGGAAGAGGAGCAGAUUGGCGUCGGCGACCUGGUCGUGGUUGAGGGCGACAGGGGCAAGGACAUCGGUACUGUGGUCAAUUGCAGCAUCACGGCAGAGCAGGUCGAGCAUUUUCUUGCCCACCAGAAUGAGCUGUUGGCGCUUGCCGGUAAGGCUGAUGGAUCUUUGGGAAGACCUGUCCGUGCCAUCAGUCCGAAACGCCUGUUCCACAAAGCCACCUCGGCGGAGCUCAGCAUGCUACCUUCAAAGGCGCAAGACGAGGAAAAGGCUUUGCAGCUGGUGCAGACGAAGGUCAUACAAAGGGGACUGCCUAUGCAGGUCAUCGCUGCUGAAUUUCAGUGGGACCAUCGUAAACUCACCAUCUACUAUCAGAGCUCUCAACGCGUCGACUUUCGUGAUCUGGUCAAGGAACUUUUCCGAUUGUACAAGAGUAGAAUCUGGCUC